UCCGGAGAUCUGGGCUACUGCACCAUGCCCUGGCUGUAGGGGGCGCCACUGCCGGCGGAGUGAGGAUGCCCGAUAAAAUGUCCAGCUUCUUAUACAUCGGGGACAUCGUGUCCCUCUAUGCGGAGGGCUCUGUCAAUGGAUUCAUCAGCACCCUGGGGUUGGUGGAUGAUAGAUGUGUGGUUAACCCAGAGGCUGGAGACCUGGCCAAUCCACCCAAAAAAUUCAGAGACUGUCUGUUCAAGGUGUGUCCUAUGAACAGGUACUCGGCACAGAAACAAUUCUGGAAAGCUAAACAGGCAAAACAAGGGAACAACACAGAAGCUGCACUUCUGAAGAAACUUCAGCACGCUGCAGAACUUGAACAGAAACAGAACGAGUCAGAGAACAAAAAGCUUCUGGGAGAGAUUGUAAAAUACAGCAAUGUCAUACAGCUCCUGCACAUUAAGAGUAACAAAUACCUCACGGUUAACAAGCGGCUGCCGGCGCUGUUGGAGAAGAACGCCAUGCGGGUGUCUUUGGACGCAGCAGGGAACGAAGGCUCCUGGUUCUACAUUCAGCCGUUCUGGAAGCUGAGGAGCGAGGGAGACAAUGUGGUUGUAGGCGAUAAGGUAGUACUGAUGCCGGUGAAUGCUGGGCAGCCUCUUCACGCCAGUAAUAUAGAACUCCUGGAUAACCCCGGCUGUAAGGAGGUGAACGCUGUGAACUGCAACACAAGCUGGAAGGUUACAUUGUUUAUGAAGUUCAGUGACUAUCGGGAAGAUGUCCUGAAAGGGGGCGACGUGGUCAGACUCUUUCAUGCAGAACAAGAGAAAUUUCUGACCUGUGACGAAUAUGAAAAAAAGCAACAUAUCUUUCUCCGUACCACCUUACGCCAGUCCGCCACAUCGGCAACCAGCUCCAAGGCCUUAUGGGAAAUUGAGGUUGUGCAUCACGAUCCGUGCCGAGGAGGAGCCGGGCAGUGGAACAGCCUGUUCAGGUUUAAGCACUUGGCUACCGGAAAUUACCUGGCUGCAGAGCUCAACCCAGAUUAUCGGGAUGUCAAUGACGGCAAAGUUACGAAGGAAGGUGAAUUGCCGGUGUCGAAGAGGAAAUGGCAGGCAGGAGAGAAGAUUAUGUUCACACUGGUGUCUGUACCGCACGGGAACGACAUUGCGUCACUCUUUGAACUGGACGCCACGACCCUGCAGCGGGCUGACUGCUUGGUGCCCAGGAACUCCUACGUCAGACUGCGCCAUCUUUGUACCAACACCUGGGUGACCAGUACUAGUAUUCCCAUUGACACAGAUGAGGAAAGGCCAGUCAUGCUGAAGAUUGGAACGUGCCAAACGAAGGAAGAUAAGGAAGCUUUUGCCAUCAUCUCUGUUCCGCUGUCGGAGGUGCGAGACCUGGAUUUUGCCAAUGACGCCAACAAAGUUUUAUCCUCCACGGUCAAGAAGUUGGAGUAUGGAACCAUCAAUCAGAAUGAGCGAAGGUUUGUAACCAAACUCUUGGAAGAUCUGAUAUUCUUUGUAGCUGGCGUCCCAAAUAACGGACAGGAAGUACUGGAUGUAAUUGUCACCAAACCCAACCGGGAAAGACAAAAGUUAAUGAGGGAGCAGAAUAUUUUAGCUCAGAUCUUUGGCAUCUUGAAGGCGCCAUUCAAAGACAAGGCGGGUGAAGGCUCCAUGCUGCGGCUUGAAGAUCUGGGAGACCAGAGAUACGCCCCCUACAAGUACAUCCUGCGACUUUGUUACCGCGUCCUGAGGCACUCUCAGCAAGACUAUCGGAAGAACCAGGAAUAUAUCGCCAAGCAUUUCUGUAUCAUGCAGUCACAGAUCGGAUAUGACAUCCUGGCAGAAGACACCAUCACCGCUCUCCUACACAACAACCGCAAACUGCUGGAGAAACACAUCACCGCCAAGGAGAUUGAGACCUUUGUGAAUUUAUUGAGACGGAACCGAGAGCCGAGAUUCCUGGAUUAUUUGUCGGAUCUCUGUGUGUCAAAUACGACCGCCAUACCUGUAACUCAGGAGCUGAUCUGUAAAUUUAUGUUGAGCCCAGGAAACGCCGAUAUCCUCAUUCAGACCAAACUGGUCUCACUGCAGAUGGACAAUCCCCUGGAAUGCUCUGUGCUUGCUGAUGACAUUGAUGAAGAGGAGGUCUGGUUAUAUUGGAUUGACAGCAAUAAAGAGCCACAUGGCAAAGCCAUCCGACACCUGGCACAGGAAGCUAAGGAGGGAACUAAAGCUGACCUUGAAGUUUUAAAUUACUACAGGUAUCAGCUGAACCUGUUUGCACGGAUGUGUCUGGACCGCCAGUAUCUCGCCAUCAACCAGAUCUCCACCCAGCUUUCCGUAGACCUGAUCCUACGCUGUAUGUCUGAUGAAAACCUCCCCUAUGACCUGCGUGCCUCCUUCUGCCGUCUCAUGUUGCACAUUCAUGUGGACCGCGAUCCUCAAGAAACAGUGAUCCCUGUGAAGUAUGCCAGACUGUGGACGGAGAUCCCCACACGCAUCAGCAUCCACGAUUAUGACUCCUUCACCGACUCGUCCCGGGAUGACAUGAAGAGGAAGUUUGCACUGACCAUGGAAUUUGUGGAAGAAUAUCUCAAGGAGGUUGUGAAUCAGCCCUUCCCCUUUGGUGACAAGGAGAAAAAUAAACUAACUUAUGAGGUCGUCCAUUUGGCCCGAAAUCUCAUCUAUUUUGGAUUCUAUAGUUUCAGCGAGCUGCUGCGACUAACUCGGACUCUUCUGGCUAUACUGGACAUUGUCCAAAGCCCCAUGUCUUCCUACCUGGAGCGGCUGAGCAAAUUCCAGGAUGGAGGUAAUAAUGUCAUGAGAACGAUCCACGGGGUUGGAGAGAUGAUGACCCAGAUGGUCCUCAGCCGUGGCUCCGUCCUUCCCAUUGCAGUUCCGGAUGUUCAGCCCAGUCUGCACACCAGCAAGCAGACCAGCGACAGCGAAGACAUAACCGUUAUGGACACUAAGCUGAAGAUCAUCGAGAUCCUACAGUUUAUUCUUAGUGUGCGGCUGGAUUACAGAAUUUCCUAUAUGCUAUCCAUCUACAAGAAGGAGUUCGGAGAUAAUGGAGGCACUGUGGACAACUCAACAGUUUCAACAACCUCGCCUCCUGAUACACCGACCCUGUCAGCUGUUGUUGCUGUUGUUCCUGAUAUCGAUGAAAUUGCAGCACGGGCUGAGACCAUGUUUGCUGGAAGCAAAGAGAAGAAUCCUGUGGAACUGGACGAUGAAGGUGGCAGGACCUUCCUGCGGGUCCUCAUUCACCUGAUCAUGCAUGACUAUCCACCGCUGCUCUCUGGUGCUCUCCAAUUGCUCUUCAAGCAUUUUAGCCAGAGGGGGGAGGUCCUACAGGCCUUCAAACAGGUUCAGCUCCUGGUAUCAAAUCAGGAUGUCGACAACUACAAGCAGAUCAAGGCCGACCUGGACCAAUUACGGCUGACGGUGGAGAAGUCUGAACUUUGGGUUGAAAAGAGCAAUAGUUACGAGAACGAGGAAUUGGGAGAAGGGCAGGCCAAGGAUGGCAAAGAGCAGAUUAAUGAGGACACAAGUAUUCUGGGUCCUGUUGAAGAUGGGACCAAGAAGCCUCAGAUCGACAGCAACAAAGCCAACAACUACAAAAUUGUCAAAGAGAUCCUGAUCCGGCUAAGCAAGCUAUGUUCACAGAGUAAGAAGGGCCGUAGCCAGCAGCAGAGACUUCUGAAGAAUAUGGGAGCUCAUUCUGUGGUUCUGGAUCUUCUGCAGAUUCCAUAUGAAAAGACUGACGACAAAAUGAACGAGAUCAUGACCCUCGCUCAUAACUUCCUACAAAAUUUUUGCCGUGGCAACCCGCAGAAUCAAAUCCUGCUUCAUAAAAACCUGAACCUCUUCCUGACUCCGGGGCUCCUGGAAGCAGAAACCAUGAGAAACAUCUUUAUGAACAACUAUCACUUGUGCAACGAGAUCAGCGACCGCGUAGUCCAGCACUUUGUCCACUGCGUGGAGACUCACGGCCGCCACGUGGAGUACCUGCGCUUCCUGCAGACCAUUGUGAAAGCAGAUGGGAAGUAUGUUAAGAAAUGUCAAGACGUCGUGAUGACGGAGCUGAUCAACGGCGGGGAAGAUGUGCUCAUCUUCUACAAUGACCGGGCCUCGUUCCCCGUCCUCCUCCAGAUGAUGUGUUCUGAGCGAGACCGUGCAGACGAGAGCGGGGCCCUGGCCUACCACAUCACCCUGGUGGAGCUCUUGGCAGCUUGUACAGAGGGCAAGAAUGUCUACACCGAAAUCAAGUGCAACUCCCUGCUGCCCCUGGAUGACAUUGUCCGGGUGGUGACACAUGAUGACUGCAUUCCAGAGGUCAAAAUUGCCUACGUCAACUUCGUCAACCACUGUUACGUGGACACCGAGGUGGAAAUGAAAGAGAUCUACACCAGCAACCACAUCUGGAAGUUAUUUGAGAAUUUCCUCGUGGAUAUGGCGAGAGUCUGCAACACGACCACGGAUCGGAAACACGCAGACACGGCUCUGGAGAAGUACGUCACUGAGGCCGUCAUGAACAUUGUCAGCGGAUUUUUCAACUCCCCUUUCUCCGAUAACAGCACCAGCCUUCAGACCCACCAGCCCGUCUUCAUCCAGCUCCUCCAAUCCGCCUUCCGAAUUUACAACUGUACGUGGCCGAACCCGUCUCAGAAAUCCUCAGUGGAGUCGUGUAUAAAAACACUGGCAGAAGUGGCGAAAAACCGUGGCAUAGCCAUCCCGGUGGAUUUGGACAGCCAGGUGAACACGCUGUUCCUGAAGAGUCACACUAACAUGGUGCAGAGAGCCGCCAUGGGCUGGAGGAUGAGCGCACGCACUGGACCCCGCAAAGAGAUGCUAGGGGGUCCGGCAUGGGAUUAUCGCAACAUCAUCGAGAAGCUGCAGGAUGUUGUGGCCUCGUUGGAGCACCAGUUCAGUCCCAUGGUGUUGGCGGAGUUCUCAGUCCUUGUCGAUGUCCUGCACAGCCCUGAACUACUCUUCCCUGAAGGAAGCGAUGCUCGGAUCCGCUGUGGGGCCUUCAUGUCUAAGUUGAUUAAUCACACGAAGAAGCUGAUGGAGAAGGAGGAGAAACUUUGUAUCAAAAUCCUGCAGACGUUACGUGAAAUGUUGGACAAAAAAGACAGCUUCGCUGAGCAGGGCGUCACGCUGCGCAAAAUACUACUGAACCGCUACUUCAAGGGUGACUACGGGUCCACCGUGAAUGGGCCGCUGGCGGUAGGAUACGCGAAGGCCGGAGCGGCAGCCGCCUUCUCCAUCCAGGACAGCGACAGGAAGUUGGGGGCUACCAUGAUGGAAAUUCAGUGUCUUCUUGACAAGGAGGGAGCCUCGGAACUGGUCAUAGACGUCAUCGUCAGCACCAAGAACGAUCGGAUAUUUUCCGAAGGAAUCUUACUCGGAAUUGCGUUGCUGGAGGGUGGAAACACCCAAAUACAGAGUUCCUUCUACCACCAACUAAACGCACAGAAAAAAUCCGAGAAGUUUUUCAAGGUUCUGUACGACAGGAUGAAAGCUGCCCAGCAAGAGAUCCGCGCCACUGUGACCGUCAACACCAUCGACCUGGGCACCAAGAAGAAGGAUGACGAGUACGAGUCCACGUCCUUACCCAAGAAGAGAGUGCGGGAUUCUCAGCUUCAUCUUAAAGACGGGAUGAAGGGACAGCUGGCUGAGGCCUCCACAGCGACGUCCAAGGCGUACUGCAUGUACCGCAAAGCCAUAGAUCCAGACAUGGACAUGAUGGGCUCUGGGGGAGAUAACGGAGGAGGUGAGGAGAAGGCGGCAGAGGAGUCGGUCACCAUGAGCCCCGUCAUAGCCAUCAUGCAGCCAAUCAUGAGGUUCCUCCAGCUGCUGUGUGAGAACCAUAACCUUGGCCUGCAGAACUUUUUGAGGAACCAAAACAACAAGACCAACUACAACCUGGUGUGCGAGACGCUCCAGUUCUUGGACUGCAUUUGCGGGAGUACAACAGGCGGUCUGGGUCUGCUCGGGCUGUACAUCAAUGAACGCAACGUGGCCCUGGUGAACCAAACGCUGGAGAGCUUAACGGAGUAUUGCCAAGGGCCCUGUCAUGAGAAUCAGACAUGUAUAGCGACUCACGAGUCCAACGGGAUCGACAUCAUCAUUGCCUUAAUUCUGAAUGACAUCAACCCGCUGGGGAAGUACCGCAUGGACCUGGUGCUGCAAUUAAAGAACAACGCCUCCAAACUGCUUCUGGCCAUCAUGGAGAGCCGCCAUGACAGCGAGAACGCGGAGAGGAUCCUGUUUAACAUGAGACCCGGAGAACUGGUAGAUGUCAUAAAGGCAGCUUAUAACCAGGGACUGGAGUGCGACCAGGACGAGCACAGCACAGAUGACCAGGUGUCCCCUAGGUGUGUCGGACACAACAUUUACAUCUUGGCUCACCAGUUGGCACGACAUUCCAAGAUAUUACAGCAAAUGCUGAGGCCGGGGAACGACCCAGAUGGCGGCGAUGAAGCUUUGAAGUACUAUGCGAACCAUACGGCUCAGAUUGAGAUUGUCCGCCAUGAUCGCACCAUGGAGCAGAUCGUGUUCUCCGUGCCGAACAUCUGCGAGUAUCUCACCAAAGAGUCCAUGCAUCGGGUGUUCAACACCACCGAGAGGGACGAGCAGGGCAGCAAGAUUAACGACUUCUUCCAGCAGACGGAGGACCUCUAUAACGAGAUGAAGUGGCAGAAGAAGAUCCGGAGUAACCAAGCUCUGUUCUGGUUCUCGCGACAUAUUUCCCUCUGGGGCAGCAUCUCCUUCAACCUGGCCGUUUUCAUCAACCUGGCCGUGGCUCUGUUCUAUCCAUUUGGAGACGAUGGAGAUGAAGGGACCCUGCCCCCGUGGAUCUCUGUCUUGCUGUGGAUAGCUGUUGGCAUCUGCACGGCCAUGUUGUUCUUCUUUCACAAACCGGUCGGGAUUCGUCCAUUCCUCGUGUCAGUGAUGCUGCGCUCCAUCUAUACCUUGGGGCUGGGCCCAACUCUCAUAUUACUGGGGGCCGCCAACCUGUGCAAUAAAGUCGUCUUCCUGGUGAGUUUCGUGGGAAACCGCGGCACCUUCACCCGAGGCUAUCGAGCUGUCAUAAUGGACAUGGCGUUCUUGUAUCACGUGGUCUACGUAAUCGUGUGCAUGCUGGGCCUUUUCGUGCACGAGUUCUUCUAUAGUUUCCUGUUGUUUGACCUUGUAUAUCGAGAAGAAACCUUGUUGAACGUCAUCAAAAGCGUCACGAGAAAUGGCCGCUCAAUCAUCCUGACUGCAGUAUUGGCACUCAUUCUCGUCUACCUCUUCUCAAUUAUUGGGUUCCUAUUUCUCAAAGACGACUUCAUCAUGGAGGUGGACAGGCUGAAGACACCCGAUCUUGAUAACAGUGGCCUCCGAGGCUCUUCUGUAACAGCGAUGAUGAGUUCCUGUCCGAAGGACGACUGUCCGUCACCAACCCCACCUCUUAGCAACCAGAGCGGGCAGGGAAAUGAAGACGGUUCGGAGCGAGCGUGUGACACAUUGCUCAUGUGCAUAGUGACCGUACUGAACCAGGGCUUGCGCAAUGGCGGAGGGGUGGGCGACGUCCUCCGGAAACCUUCCAAAAAUGAGCCUUUGUUCGCUGCACGAGUUGUUUAUGACCUCCUCUUCUAUUUCAUCGUCAUCAUCAUCGUCCUGAACCUCAUCUUUGGUGUCAUCAUUGAUACUUUCGCUGACCUGAGAAGUGAGAAGCAGAAGAAAGAGGAAAUUCUGAAGACAACUUGCUUCAUCUGUGCUCUGGAGAGGGACAAGUUUGACAAUAAGACGGUCUCCUUCGAGGAGCACAUCAUGUUGGAGCAUUGCAUGUGGCACUACCUGUACUUUAUCGUACUCAUCAAGGUGAAGGACCCGACGGAGUACACCGGCCCGGAAAGCUUUGUGGCUAAAAUGAUUGCUGAGAAGAACCUGGACUGGUUCCCUCGGAUGCGCGCCAUGUCCCUCGUCAGCAGCGAGGGGGAAAACGAGCAGAACGAGAUCCGCAACCUGCAGGAGAAGCUGGACUCCACCAUGAGCCUGGUGAAGCAACUGUCCGGCCAGCUGGCAGAGCUCAAAGAGCAGAUGACGGAGCAGAGAAAAAACAAGCAGCGCCUGGGUUUCCUUGGCUCCAAUCCGACCCACGUGAACCAUCACCUCCCUGCACAUUGAGCCGCCACAGGCGGCGACAAGCAGUAUCUAUCUAUGUGUGAUGGGAUCUGGGGAGGAGACGGAUUAGGUGACCUUGUUGGACGGAUCGGAGUCGUCUAUGGUUUUCAUAACACAGCUUGUGAAUAGCAGGACCAGAGGUGGCGGCGGCGUGAGACCAGCGACCGCACUAUUCAAGUAACCGCUACAUGGACUUUCAAGAAGGAUGACUUUUUCUACAAGACAGAAUUGCAGCUUGGUUCCUUUACAGAGAAUCUUGUCAUGUUAAAGUUUUUUUUAAAGAAAAGAUCUUAUUUCUAUUUAUAGUUUUGUUAUUUAUGUACACAGGGAGGCAGCCAUGUUUGUUUAUUACAUAGGCAGGCUGUGCUUCCUAGUGUAGCACAAUGAUUGUGCCUUACCGCUUCUUUCAAGGGAAAACCGUGGGACUGCAGACUGUUUGAAAGCAAUAACAGUUCUCGGUGGCUUAUCACGUAACUGGCCUUAUCUCUGCCACUGUUGAGCAAGGCUGCUGUCUCAGAA